AUGGUGGAGUUAACUGGUAGUAAAAAUAAUGCUUCUUCAUCCAAGAGAAGUAAUGCUGAAGAUAUUAGCGAUAGAGAUAAAAGCGAGAGUUUAGAUGAUGAUAAUGUCAAAACAAAAUCCAAAUUACCCUUUUCAUGGUUAUUUUCAAAUCCUUUGAAAAGAAAACGUAGGAAAAUUAUUGUAACUAAUGAUUCAGACGAUAAUAUUUCUACGAUUGAGUCGAGCCAAAGCCAAGAACUAGAAGUUAAUGAAUUGAAUUCUGUCAAAAAUUCUGAAGGAUCAAAUUUAAGCGACUCCUCUUAUGAAGGUGCUGAGUCCUCAGAUAGCCUAGAUGAAUUUUUAUCACCUGAAAACCAUAAACUAAAUAAUUCAAGUACUGAGGACUCCGAUGAAAUGAAUUCAGAAAUCGAAAGUGUCGAUCUUCCAGAAGUUGAUAUGACUGAUUCAGAUAAAUCAUACCAUGAUUUUACAUCAGAAGAAAGUUUAGAAUUAAUAGGACAUUCAGAAGCAGGGAGAAGAUCAAAUAUAAUAGAUAAUGAAAAUUCAUCGAGUUUAGAAGAUGCUUCUGUUUCUGAUUUAGAGAUAAAACUUAAUGAAAGGAUAAAAGAAUUAGAAUCACAAUUAGACGAAGAAAAAAAGAGUAGCUCAUUUUUUAAGAAAACUCUUAUGGAACUAUCUGAUGAAGUAUUCAAGUAUGAAGUUCAAGUUUCUGGAUUAAAUGCCAAAGUAUCUAGUCUAACAGAAAAAAAUAUGUCAGCAGUAAAAUAUUACAACCAAAUUAGCAAUGAACUACAAUUGGUAUCAUCAGAACUUAAUAGUAAAUCUUAUUUUAUGAAGGAUUCAUAUAAUAAUGUAGAAAAUAAAUCACAAAAUGAAGAUAAUAUCAAUCAGAAGGAAACGACUUCUACAGAUGAUCUUAAUAAAGAUAAAAUGCUGGAAAAGUACAGUUUGGAACAUAUUAAGACAAUGUACGAAGCAUCAGAAAACAAAUUAUUAAAAAGAUUGCAAAGAAUUGAAAAAAAACAAAAAGAAAUAGAAAAAUAUUUUAGUGAUGAACAUGGUGGGACAAAUUUUAAUGAUUUAACAGUAGAAAGUGAUAUUAUCAGUGAAUUAAAACAGAACUUGAUAAAAAAAAAUGAGGAAUGCAGAAGACUAAAGGAUCAAUUAGAAGUACGAUGUAAUAAUUUAAAAAAAGCUGUACAUAUAGAAAAAUUAAAAUCCUACUCUAAGAACAAGGCAUAUUCUAAUUAUGUUGACUCUUCAAAAAAAUCAUUAGUUGAGAAUGAAAAGCUCAGGGAAGCACUCAAUUUAGCAAAAAAUAAAUUACAUGAAAUAUCAAUAUUAACAUCCAUAUUCUAUAAAUUUUCUCAUUCUACUCUAACUGUUCUUAUUCCUGCCUAUAGAGAAAUCUUUGUGAAAUCUUACAAAUAUAUAACUUUGGAUAAAAAUCCGAUUAAUGUAAAGAAUGAAGUUGUAAAUCGGCUCAUUGCACAUUUUGAUGCAAAGAAUUUUGCCCAGAAGAAUGAACAACAAGAAAUACCAGGAAGCAACACUCCAGGAGCACAAUACCACAUACCAUUAUCCAGUACUUCUGGAGCUUAUAUGAAUCAGCAUCAGAAUAUUUCAGUAUUAGAAGCAAAUGGUACUGAGCAUACCGACAAUAAUAAGGCUGGAUUGAAAAGAACACAUAGCGAUGAUUCAAUAAAUAGCAGAAUGCAAAAUAGGUCUAAGUACAUGUUUAAACGUGAUGAAUUUGAAAAAAUAAAAAAAAUGGCAUUGUCCAAUGCAGUACCGUCAAAUAUGAACACAGAUCAAACUUCAACAAGAUCACACUCCUCUACGUCAUCAUUACUUCAAAAUACUGGUAAGAAUCAGAAUUUAUCGACUAUAUCACAAGGAAAUAGAGAAACUUUAAAUAAAGUUAAUCUUGGUUUCAAUAAAUCACAAGUUGUAUCAAAUUCCAAUGCCAUUACGAACCGCGUACAGAACUCAAAUGCCCAAUAUAAAUCAAAUCCGUUUUUUGAAGAAAUGAUGAAAUAUCAAAAUUCCAAUAAUUAUCACUCAAACCAAGUACCAAAAUUACCGAUGAAUUCUAUGGAAUUUACUGAUGAAUAUUAUCAGUAUCUUUCCACAUCACUUUUGAGCCAAGCUUCAGAUCAUCUGAGACCAAUAAUUGCUGAAAAAAUACUCAAGUCAAAAAUAGAUUUCGAGAAACAAUUAGAAAAAAGGAGAACAAAUGAUUUAUUUAAAAUAGCAGGGGAGCCUCAAAAAAGUGAAAUUAAUAUUACUAGAAAUGAAAAUAAAGAAAAGAAAGAAGGUCAUGAAAAUAUAGAAGAUAAAGAAGAUCAUGAACAUAAAGAAGAUAAAGAAAAGAAAGAAGAUCAUGAUACUAAUAAAAAUGCCAAUGGGUAUGCCAGAGAUACAUGCACGAUUAGAGAAGAAUCUGUCAUUAAAGGAACAGCCAAAGAAGAAUAUGUUUCAAUUAAAGAUGGAACGAUUGUUCGAUCACCGAAUAAUAAUAACGUCACAAAUGUUAGCAGUGAAUAUUCUUGUCUUCCAGAAAUUUCCACUAACUUAAAUAAGAAGAUCAGUGUUUAA